AGUUUUCUCCAAUAGCGCGUCAGUGGUAGAACUAGGGCAUUGCAUUGCAGAAAUGAAGGUCGCCCCUAAAGUAAUACUACUGUUCCGAGACUCUAGCGGCUUCGGCACCGCCAUCUUCGAAGCUCUUCAACCUAACCCUAACUCCAACUUUCAAAAGAGACAAGAAUCGCUUGAUUUAUCCUUAGAACGUUAUGGAAUCAAAGAUCAAAAGGUUUCUGUCGAGAUCGUUCAUUUUCUCGAUGGCUCAAAUCAGGUGUCUGUGUUGCUUUUGGAAAAUUACGAGCCUCCAACACUUGCUUGUGCUCUCAAUGAGGUUCUGUCAAUGUUAGUAGGAGAUGGGUCAUCAAAUAUGCCGACAAUUGUAGCCCCUUUUCUUGUGGCUGACACUAAGCUUAAGAUGGAAAAUAGAACUUCCCUUGGCGUUGACAACAUCUCAGUUUAUGGUUUGCAAGUAGGUGCCUCCAGUGGCCUUACUAAAGCUUUGGUCACGAAUUUGCGAAGUCCACCCCCGUCGUUGCAGAUUUUCCACGAACAGUUGGCCUGCUUACUUCAGUUGGUUCGAGUCUUGAACUUGCCUACUUUAGUUAUAAUUGGCAGAAAAGGUCGAAAGUUGCAUCGUAAGACUUCAGAAGAGGAACUCGAGGUGAUACAUGAGAUAGGACAGCAUUUGGCUAGCUUCUCAUCUCUUAAUUUCUCAGCAGAAAAGAUAGCAUGGGAUGCAACCAAAUCUUCAAGAGAAACUCAAGAGCCUUGGCGUGCAUUAUAUGGGUGAAUCUUGCCACAAUCAGGAGCUAAGCAUUAACGCUGAUUCAUCUUUACAUGGAGUGUUAUUUAGUUUCAGUAUGCUCCUAGCAGACCUGUGGGAAAGCACAAUUGCGUCUGUUGUUUCAACCCGGAGAGACCCAAUUAUUCCGAGAGGCAGAUGACUUACUUGACAGUAUUCACUUUCUUUUAUGGUUUGAACGAGUAUGCUUACUAAGUUGUCUGCCUGAGAAACAAAAUGUAAAGCUUCUAAUUCCGAGAUCUAUUGAUUGACCAUUCUCAAUUUUUUUCUGCAUGUCAUGUGUUGCUUAUCUAGUGAAAACAAGUCCUUCUAUA